CCUAAUGACGUCAAUGUUCAUUGAAGGCUGCAGAAGAAGCCUCACGUUGGCGGGAGGGGCUGCUGUGAGAUGGCGCACGAGCCUAAAUCACAUCUGACAACAGACUGAGACUGUCAGAACCAAACCGAGUCCGUGAUGGUUCGUCACACCGGGGAGGAGGCAAACAGCUCAGCCGUCACCCCCCCGGGCAGAAGAGGAAGGAGAUGCUGAAAAACGCUCCCAGGUUUCUCUGCGGGGAGCCGCACCGGCCGGACCCCCCCUCCUGUGAUGCGUGAGGGAGGGGGCGGAUCCUACAGCGACCUGGCUGCGUGACACUCCGGGAAGAGACGGAGACACGACGACAAGGAAACGAGCGGCACCGCAGUUCUGGACGGCUGGGAGGAGCGGAUCGGGCUGACCCGACUGCACACAGACGCCUCGCACGCGCGGAGAUGGAGGAGGAAGAGAUCAAAGAGAAGCUGCUAUGGAGCGUAAAGCGGGAGGUGAAGCAGAUCAUGGAGGAAGCUGUUACCAAGAAGUUUGUCCACGAGGACAGCAGCCAUGUCAUCGCCUUGUGUGCUGCCAUUGAAGCCUGUCUGGGUCAUCUGCUGAAGAGAAGGGCAGCUGGUUUUCUACGCAGUGACAAGAUUGCAGCUCUCUUCACCAAGGUGGGCAAGGUGAAUGAAACCGUCGCCGAGGUCUGCCGCAAGGUUCAAGCACAGCUGCAGCAGCAGGCGGAUCUCAGCAGGAGACUCCAGAGUGUAGGCCAAGAGGGUCUGAGGAGACAGGGCUCCUCCACGACCAGCCGCCCCCCUCAACCACUCUCUCCUCAGGCCAUCAAACAUAUCUGGGUCCGCACGGCUCUCUUUGAGAAGGUUCUGGAUAAGAUUGUUCAGGUCAUUGUGGACAACUCCAGCAAAUACUACGAGAGGGAGGCUCUGAUGCACGAUCCAGUCUUCGGGCCUAUCCUUGCUGCGUUGCUUGUGGGGCCUUGUGCUCUGGAGUAUACCAAGCUGAAAACUUCGGAUCAUUUCUGGACCGACCCUUCAGCCAACGAGCUAGUUCAACGCCACCGGAUCCAUGGGGCACACCGGAGCCAGGAUAUACCUGCCAGCCGUCGGCCUGCACUUGGGAUUCGGAAGAGGCAGUCCAGCGGCAGCAUGUCAGAGGACCGUUUCGCUGCAUCAGCCAGAGAGUAUGUUGAGUCUCUGCACCAGAACUCAAGAACUCACCUUCUGUACGGCAAAAACAACGUCCUGGUGCAACCGAAGAAGGACAUGGAGGUGCUGCGGGGGUACUUGUCACUCCACCAAGCAGGAGAUAACCUGACUUUGAAGUGGACGCCUAACCAGCUGAUUAAUGGCACUCUAGGGGACUGUGACCUGGAGAAGAGCAUCUACUGGGACUACGCGUUGACUGUUCCUAUGCGCCAAAUUGUCUGCAUCCACUGUCAUCAGCUACCUGAUUCUGGAGGCACCCUGGUUCUGGUUAGUCAGGAUGGGAUCCAGCGGCCCCCCCUGCACUUUCCUGCUGGAGGUCACCUCCUUGCCUUCCUCUCUUGUUUAGAAACAGGUCUGCUUCCCCGAGGGCAGCUGGAGCCUCCCCUCUGGUCUCAGAAAGGAAAGGGGAAAGUGUUCCCUAAACUGAGGAAGAGGAGCAGUGCUGCCAGGCUAAUAGACCAGGACAGAAACAGUGAUGAGCAGACAGCAGCUGACUAUGUGUUUCGCAUAGUUUACCCCGGGUACCGGUAUGAUGCCAUCACCAUAAACUACCACCACACCACGGGCAGCCGUGCUCCAUCACUGGAUGAUGACGAAGAAGAGGAAGAUAGGCUCCAUGCUAUGAUCUCAAUGAUCUGCUCGCGGAACCUCACAGACCCUAAUGUCAUGAAAGACCAUGGGGAGGCGAUGGAGAGCCAGGCUUUUGGAUGCAGUCCGUUGUCGUGGCAACUGGCUGAGGCAGCAGCUCAGGAAUCCCUGUGCCACUCAUGUUCCACAGCCGGCAGCAACACGUCAUUUGACUAUCCAGCAAGCUGUACCUGCAUGCAGCAACCUUCAGAUAUCCACAUCGUUCCUUUGAAGAUGCUUUGCCAUAACAUGAAGAGGCAGAUUGUUUCUAGAGCUUUCUAUGGAUGGCUGGCAUACUGCCGACACCUGUCCACAGUGCGGACCCACCUGUCGGCUCUGGUCAACCACAACAUCGUACCCCCUGACAGACCUGGCGAGGCGUCUGGUGGGCUUAGCAAAGAGGUGUGGAGUAAAUACCAGAAAGACUGUAAGAAUUACAAGGAGCUGGAGCUGCUCCGGCUGGUUUACUAUGGUGGAGUGGAGCAUGGCAUCAGGAAAGAAGUCUGGCCUUUCCUUUUGGGGCACUACAAGUUUGGGAUGGGAAAAAGUGACAUGAGCCAGAUCGAUGCAAAGAUCAGCGAGCGAUACCAACAGGUUAUGAAGGAGUGGAAGGCCUGUGAGCUCAUCGUCAAGCAGCGAGAAAAAGAAAUGCAGUCGGCCAUUUUUUCCAAGCUGUCAUCCGGAAGCAGCAUUGACAGCCACGUGCUGCGACUUGCGCACAGAGACUCCACGAUCAGCAACGAAGUGUUUAUGUCUGUGGAUGAGCCUGACGCAGGGAGUCAGGAAACCCCCAGUGCUGAUGAGAGCACUCCCACCAUGACCACCCUGGCUCCGCCUGUUGCCCUCCCGCCUGAAGAGCGUCCUCUGGUGGAGUUUGACUCCCCCGACUCAGGCCUCCCUUCUUCCAGGAACUACUCAGUGACAUCCGCCCACUCUCAGAUCUCAUCCAGCAUGGAUGAGGGUCAGAGUACGGAGGAGGAGGCUCCAGGGAGGGAGCUGCAGGACUCCCCGAAUGAGAGCAGGGUGUGCCAUCAGCUGGAUAGGCUGGUGACAAGUGGAGCCGCCACUGAGGGGAGUUUGGCCUCCCUGUCCUCCUACACGAUCGAGCUGCUGGAUACAGUUGCCCUGAAUCUCCAUAGAAUUGACAAAGACGUCCAGCGCUGUGAUCGUAACUACUACUACUUCACCACGACUAACCUGGAGAAGCUGCGCAACAUCAUGUGCAGUUAUGUGUGGGAGCACCUUGAUAUGGGCUACGUUCAAGGCAUGUGUGACCUGCUCGCUCCACUCAUGGUCAUCCUGGAUGAUGAGUGCCUGGCGUACAGCUGUUUCACUCAGCUGAUGAAGAGGAUGAGUCAGAACUUCCCCAACGGUGGAGCAAUGGAUGCACACUUUGCCAAUAUGAGGUCUCUUAUCCAGAUCUUGGACUCAGAACUCUUUGAGCUGAUGCAUCAGAACGGAGAUUACACUCACUUUUACUUCUGCUACCGCUGGUUUCUGCUAGACUUUAAGAGAGAGCUCCUGUACGAGGACGUGUUUGCAGUAUGGGAGGUAAUCUGGGUUUCUCCCAGGAUCUCCUCGCAGCACUUUGUCCUGUUCCUGGCUCUUGCUCUCGUCAGCGUGUACAGAGAGAUCAUCAUAGACAACAACAUGGACUUCACUGACAUCAUCAAGUUCUUCAAUGAGAUGGCUGAACGCCAUGAUGUCCAACACAUCCUUAAGGUAGCACGUGAACUGGUACACAAAGUUCAAUCUCUAAUGGACAACAAGUGACUGUCGGAGGAGGACAUGGAGGGUUCUGGAUGCCUCAUCACAGACCGCUCCUGCCCCCCCACCACAUCCAGAGCAGGCGGAGGGAUCCGCGUCUCUGCUCUGGAAGUCUGUUUACAUAUUCCUUCGCGUGGAAUGCUCUGGUUUCUGUGUGGAUCUGUGUGCAUGCUCGUGACUGAUCACACUCUGUGCGUGCAUUAGACAAAACAAACAAACACACAGACAGCAGCAGAAGACUUUGCCACGUUCUCAUUAGUGACCAAAUAGACUGUGCCAACCACCUUUCUGAGUGUUUUAUACUCCAAGCAUGUGUGUUUUUACCCAAGACCAUUAUGACACGAAUGUUGCCUUCUGUUAGUAACAGCCCAAGGUACUCACAUGCACUUUGUGUGCGGGUCCCUGCGUUGUGUUAGUGAUGGCCUCACUACAGAUGCUGGGGCCGGAGACACCAAAGACUUUGGGAAGGAGGGAGGGGUUGGAACAGUCAGUGUUUGCAGCAGUCGGGGCUCGACCGAAGAACACAGCACAGCAAGAGAAAUAAAGCACACAGGGCUUCGAGGUUCUGAGAGCAGUGACGUGACGGUAUAUUCGCCUUCAUCACCAGGCAGUGGGAGAGAUGUUGGAUUUCUUCCAGCAGGUGUCGUCGUGCAGCCCAGCCGCUGGAGUCAAAGAAGCAAGAAAGCCAGCUGGAACUCAAGUUUUAGACUCAUUUCCAUCACGCUCAGCAAAGUACACCAAGAAUCUUUCAGCUACCUCCAGCACAGCUGCAUGGGAUUUUGAUGAUGACCUCUUCGCAGCAGAACUUCUGAGCUGCAACCCAGAACUGAACAGCUGGUCAGUCAUCUUUGCAGAGGGUCAAUGCUGCUGUUCCCCUGAUUCACAGAGAAUGAGCUUGAUGUUGGAUUCGAGGCCCGCACAUUCAGGAGAUAGUCUGUACAUUCAGGGAACCCAGGAGGUGACUGGUGCAUAUCUCAUCUCUCCUUACACACACAAAACCGAAACACUAGCAGCUUCUGGGGUUUCAGGUGCAGAGCAUCAUUCCUCUAUAGUUAGCAGUGCUUUCUGCUGCAUAUAUGCUGCAUUGCCCCCGAUCCUUAGAUGAAUCUGUCCAAAAUGUCUGUCAUAUUAAAUUUUAUUGUAUUUUUUUGUAGUCACACAAUCUAUUUUUAAGGUUUAAAAGUGAGGCCUCCAAUCCAGAACUUUAGGUACUUCACAGCAACCCAGGAAGCACUGUGUUCAGAGAGCUAGAGCUGAGCUUGAAAGGGUUCUAUCCUGGUUCUCCUAAAAGUCUCAAGUCCUGCAGGUCUGGAGUUACAUGAACAGAUCCACAUGCGCUGAAGAAGAAAAGGGCAUUUUACAGUCUCCCUCUCUCACUUCAGUGUUGCAGUUUGCUGUUUUUUAGACAUUGUCAAAGCCUGCUACCAUUUCCUUGUAUGUGUGAUUGGUCAGUCUGCACGAACCUCCUUUGAUUUAAGUGCCAAGAGUCUUCCCAGACCUGAUGUGUACUACAGUGGUUUUGCUCCCUUUGUUAGACUGAUCCAAGUACUGCCCCCCACCAUGGGAGCUCUUUCUUCCAAUCAAGACAUAGUGACCAAAACCUUGAAACAGCGCCCUCUGUGGUACCAUAAUAAGGUGCAGCCUGCAUCCUGAAGACUGUUUCCUUCCAGUUUCUUGAGGACUUUGCUGUCCAUCAGGGUCUCUGUUGUGUGCAUAUUAACCCAGAGUUUGUAUAACGAAUAUAACUUUUAUUUGAACAUCUAUUUUUCAGUUGCUUCAGCCUACGAUGUUCUUUGUUCAGGCGCUGCACUGACUUUUUUGAAUGCUGAACAUGUGCUGUGAGGAAGUGUCCUUGGCUUUGAAUGUAAAGUAUUAAACCACAGUUAGUUGA